UUUGUUAAGCGUAAUAAAUUCAUUUUAAGUCAAAUAUUUAUUAUUUACUGCUGUGUGUUUCUUUUUGUGAGUCCAUGCCAUAUAACUUGAGUCCCGGGGUUACGGGCAUAAAUUGUGAAAAUUUUAAUUGUUAAAUCAAAUAACAGAAAAAUAAAUUUUAUUCAAAAUAUUAAUUAUGAAGUAAAACGAUAAAAUACAAACCAUAUUCUUAAAAUUCAUUUGAUUAUAGAGUUUGUGACAGCUUCAGGAUAUGUUAAAGGUACUUUUUAUGAUGUUUUGUACUAACCAACAUAGAACAUAAAUGUGGAUCAGUUUCAUGGAUUGAUCGCAGAAAUUCAUCAUGCUAAGUCAACAUUUUGCUGAAUACUUUUUCCGGUAUCAAACUGAGAUUCUCCAGUUUCGCUUGAGAAACUUCGGUACGAAUACCUUAUUUUGACUAAGGUACUCAAUUUUAAAUGUAGGCAACAGAAAAUUCCAAUAAAGUCAUUUCGAACUUCUUGAAACCAGGUAUUGAUUUUUGAAGCGACGAUGCCCACGAAGUAGGUAGCAAAGCAAGUGAAAAAAGUGGACAUAUGUAGAUUGCAGCAAAUUUUGAUAAAACGUAAAUGUUCAAAAUGGCAUAUUUCCGAAAACGCAAAAAAUCGCAGGCUGGAAAUUUCAGCAAUGUUAGAUUAUAAUCCAUUCUUUCAAGUGAUCUUAGUUUCAUGUUUAGCAUCGGUUAGCAAAAAAAGUACUCGAUUAACAAACACAAAAAAAUAAGUUUUGUCAAAAAAAUGCUUCAGUUAUUCGAUGAAAACUUCAGUUUUUGGUUUGGAAACAACAUUUUAUCUAUUAAUAGUUUCAAAGCUUAUCUCAUUACCUUUCCAACGAUGUAUAUUUGUCCUAAUAAAACAUUUAAAAUGGCUGAGCUAUGUUAAAAUUAAACAAUCAGCCUUUUUUUCGAAAAACGCUAGUUUUUUACUCCAUUUUUUGACUUUCAGCUUGCGUACCUCCGUAAUGAACAAACUUAGAGCUUUGAAAAUUUGGAUUUUUCUUAGUUAGAAUGUUUACUUUCGAGAAAAAAAUACCAAAAAAUAUUUGGAGAAGGUCACUUUUUUGAAACUUGGCCACCCAAUGUACCAUAGUGCAGCUGUAAGGGGCUACCUAACAACGAUGUUUAUUUCCAAUUCGUACACCCACGUGCUCUCUCUCAGGUUCAAACUCUCUCACGAGCUUGCUCGCCUGCCUGCCUGCCUGUUUACCUACAAGCGCGCGCUAUUUCUCUGCUUGGACUUUUGUCGUCGUCGUCGUUUUCGUUUGCUAUUCGCUGCGAUGUGUUCUUGACAUGUUUAUUAUAAUUUUGAACUAAAAUACCAGGUUUGUUUUGAGAUAUAAAAUUCAAUGUAAUAUGUGAUCAACAAAACGAAAAAAAAAACACAACAAUAGAUAUCAUGUUAUAAGAGCGUGUGAGAGAGAAUACAAAUUUGAUGAAUUAGUUCAUCCAUGAAUCGUCAUCUGUUCUGAUCCAAACCUAUUUGCAAACGUUUUGGAUUUUAAUUUAUCUGCUUUUGUCACAAGAAAUACCAUGCAGUUUUUUUAGAUAAAAAAGGAAGGAAUUUUCUUUAGAUUUUUUUAAACUGAUCUGAAUGUAGUUAACGAUUGUGCAGAAAGAGAUGUUUCCUGAAUCGAAAAAUGUACAGGUAAACUGACAAAAAAUUAUAAACAGUUGCAAUAUUUUUUGCAGGUGGUCUAGGAACACCGAAAGAAAUUUCCAGAAAGAAUAAAAAAAUAACUCUAAAAUUAAAAUUUAAAUAAUAAUUUGACAAUGAUUGCUGCAAAUUUUCAUUCAUACUCCCUAAAGAGUAUGAAUGAGAAUUUGCAGCAAUAAUUGUGAAAUUGCCUUGAUUUGUACUAAAGUAUAUUUUUGUUAAAGCAAACUACCUAAUGGAACAACAUUUGUAUUACCUGAUGUUUUUAAAACAAUUGAAUCAUUAUCAUGUUUCUUUAGCAUAUACGAAAAACUGCGUGUAAUGCUUGGAAAAACAAACAAACUGUAGUGUCCCUCGAUCAGCAGCUAUAACAGUGCAACCAACUUGCCAACUAGUGUUGCCAGAUCGUUACAAUUAACAAUAGAGAAUUAUAGCACUAAGGUUACAUGCUGGACACCGCAGUUGAAUCGGCCUCUUCUCCUGCCGACCGUCGGCCAGUCAGGUCGUCUUACAAACCGUUCUUAACUUUUAAUAAACUUAUUAGUCUUAGUAUUAGACAACGCGUGUUUCAUUUACCCAAGUAACACUUGGCGACGAGGGUAAAGCGGAACGGUAAGCUGAACAGUACAAUCAGUGAUCGCGAGUGAGUCGUAGUUCGCGAAAAGUGUAAGUGAACGGUCGAAAGCGCAGUGCACGUGGUGUGGACCUAACUUUAACCAUGCCACCGAAGGAGGAGAACAAGGCUGAAGGCAGCCCAGUGCAAGUGAUUCGUAGUGGAAUGUUCGGUCAAAUCGAGCAGUAUGUACUCGGUGAGGACUGGGACGAGUACAUGAACCGACUGGAAAUGUUUUUCCAAGUGAACGACACGCCGGACGAGAUGAAGGUUCCGGUUAUGUUCACCGUGGCCGGGCCGAGCUUGUACACGCUACACCCAAACGAAAAAUAUAUCUCAAAAUCUGCAACAGUGGAUUUGCUGCAGAAAAUGUUAUAUUUUAUUACAUUUUUUGCAGCAAGCCCAUAGAUCAUUUUUGCCCGCGUGUAAACACGUCAGCGAUCUGCAGUUCUCACCAACACAUAGAAUGCUGGCGCGUCCCCGAGCAACACUCUAGAGAGAACAUUAUGUUCGCGCUCUGUCCCUCACCAUUCAUCAAGCGUCCAUGGCGCGGUGGUAGCGUGUCGGAUCAGCAACCCAGAAGUUGAUGGUUCAAUCCUCGUUCUGUUAAGAUUUUUUUUCUGCAAUACAAUCAAUCUGCCGUCGGUAAUGUCGAUAAUUGUCGGUAACGGGCAAAAAUGUCAUACCCCUAUAUCGCAAAAAAUGCAUGAGGACAGUUUUCAUGCAGAUUCUGAUAUACUUUCAUGCUGCCAUGCAUCAAAAUCAUGCGACCGCCGGUUGGGUGUAGCAAACAGGCUCUGCGCCCCGGUCUCCCCACGUAUCAAGACGUACACCGAGCUAACCGCCCUGUUCAAGGAUCACCUCGGUCCCACGACCAACGUGGUGUCAGAGCGCUACCAGUUGCGGUUCUGUGAGCAGACGCCUUCCCAGAGGAUUGCGGACUUCAUCGUCACCCUGAAGGCCAAGGCGCAAACCUGCGAGUACGGUGAUUUCCUGCAGGAUGCCCUGCGCGAUCAGUUCGUCGCCGGGAUCCACGACCAAAGUCUGCGCAAGAAGUUGUUAACGGAGUCCACGUUAACGUUCGAGAAGGCCUGUACGAUCGCCAAGGCCUACGAAGCUGCGCUGAGCCAGAAUAAGGACAUGUCGGCCCCGUCGGCGUCCAAAAUGGCGGCCCUGCACAAUGGCGGACCGAGUCGCCAGUCGAAGGGUAAGCAGCCGAGCCGGAACCAGUCAAGUAAGUCAAGCCGUCCCCCACCGAUGCCAAAGAAGCCAUGCUUCCGGUGCGGCCGUGACCACGAUCCAGAUAAGUGCCCCGCCUUGGAUUGGACGUGCUACGCGUGUGGGAAGAAGGGCCACGUGUCGUCAGUGUGCCAGAGCAAAAGUCGCCAGUCGCAGCCCAAGGGAAGCAGCAAACGUGUAGGUGAGAUGUCGGAAGCUGUGGAAGUUCUCCGAUUGAACGUUCUUGCCGGAGUCGGCGAGACCGCAGUGCGAGCAGCCCGUCAGCAGUCGUCUGCAGCCCAAAGCGCAGCAGGAAGCGGUAGUGUGUCCGUCCUGGAGCCGAGCAGCAGCAAAACGCCGUCGUCAAGCAACGGUGGAUCCCCCGGAUCGCUGAAUCGUGUCGAUUCGCCCGAACUCGUGUCGCUGGACUGCGAAGGUCGCCGUCUGGAGUUCGAAGCUGACUGCGGAGCCUGCAAAAGCGUGAUCUCUGCAGCUACGUACCAGAAAUACUUCUCGCAUUACCCUUUAGUGCCAACUGCUCAAGAAUUCAUCUCUGUUUCCGGUCAACGCAUCCAACCGCAGGGUCUGGUUUCGCUUCGCGUUUCCGCACCUUCGGGGAUCCAAGGUAAGUUGGACUUGAUAGUGAUUACCACCGCUAAGAAGAUGUAUCCUCUGCUCGGUCGCGAUGGUCUUGAUUUGAUGUAUCCGGAGUGGAGAAAAGUCUUUUCGGUCAAGUCUGUAAGUAGUGCGCAAACGUCCUUCGAAUCUGAGCUCUUGAAACGAUUUCCAAAAGUAGUUUCCGAAACCGCGAAAGACGUAAUUACCGGUUUUUCAGCAGAAAUUGUGUUAAAACCUGACGGAUCCUGUUUGUGUUGGCCGACUACAGUGGCAUUUAUGCUGCAUCGAAGGGGUGGAAAGAGAAUUUGUUGUGCAUGUGGCUGAGUGUGUGCGGUGGGUUCUGUGACCACUACCAGCAGGAACAGAUGGAUUUGCAUUUCAACCUGACUGUGUCAACCCACGAUCAGAAUGCACCAAUACAGUCGAAGACGACGAGAAGCGUGCUGUAAAAUUUGGUGAGUCUGUUCCAAGCCGUCGGCUUAUCUGUUGGUGUGUAUGAGAGUGAUCAUUGUUUGGGAGAGUGAGAGUGAAAAAGGGAUGAUGAAAUGGGGGGGUUGAAACAGAUAAGUUAUGAGAGAGAGCGAGAGGGAUAAUGACGGUUUAUGUUGCUUUCUAGUGUGUGAGUGUAGGAGUGUGAUGCAUUUAUUAAUGUAUGUAUGUAUGUAUGAAUGUGGAUGACGGAAGCAUUACUAUUUGCAAAUGCUAUUUAGGAGAGAACUGUCAGAGCUGGCGAAAUGCUGCUGACACGUUUGAUUGGAAUUAAUCAUUUCUAUAGAUUUCGGUGAAUGACACCAAAAUUGGGUAGCAAUUUAUAUUGAGUGUUAGUUUUCGCAGAUUUGAAUUUGUCUUGUCUUUUGUACAAAUGGAAGCGACAGAUAAUGUAGCGGAUCGUCAACAUUGGGCGGGCUGGUCUGGGGGAGGAAAGAAACAGCAGCGAUAUGUAUGGAGGAAGGGGGUGUGGACGAGCGACGUUCGCUGCAGCGUUUGCUAGUGUUUGUGCUGGUGGCUUGGCACACUGCAAGCGGUUGCUUUGAUGCCGGUGACCGUGAGUGGCCGGGAGGUGCAGACGCGUCGUUGUACUUCCGGAAUGUCAGUGGCAGCCGUCGAGAUCAUUGAAGCUGGUGAGUUCGUUCUUUGUUGGAUGUAUGUGUGAUUUUGAAUGUCAGAGAGUAUGCGUGAGUAAAACUGGUAGCUAUGUUUCGGAAUAUGAGUUGGUGUGAGUUGCAUCAUCAGAACAUACAGUGUUGCCAAAACUGUAAAAAGCUUCAAGUUAAAAUAACAUUGUGACAUUUCGUAAAACCUCUAAGCUUUCCUGAUACGGCUAAGUGACGUAAGCGACAUUUUUUUUUUACAACUAAGCGCUUUGACAUUUUCCUCACUGAGUGUGAUUGGUCAUGAAUGAAAGGAAGCAUGAAUGAGUACUAUUUUUAACUUAAAUUAAAUAAUCGCGUCGCGUAAAUAGUACAUAAUCGGACGUUGCACUCAAUCGCGUUGGCUAUCUAUUUACUCAAUACUUUAGAAAUUCUUUAAAUCAUAAUAUUAAUUAUGUGUUACAUUCGGGUUAAUAUAUUUUAUACGGUUUUGGUCGUCGCGGCAUACUUUUUGUGCGUUUUCAAAGCAUUCUUUUCGAUAAAUCAUUUGCAUUAAACGCGCGUGCUUUUAAAUUGUAAAAUAGUUGCAACAACAACAAAUGUUUAACAUAUCAUUUCAGCUCGAUAAACAUGGCAACUCGUCGUUCGCUUGGAUAAUCAAUACCUUACUAAACAUCAAUCAUUCAAAACACCUUAAAUUAUAUCAAGUUAAAAGUUACACUGUUUAAUCUUUGAUUCUAUAAUUAAAAAUUAUUUUGGUUCUAUCUUUCCACAGCCGGCUGUCUAAGAUUGGACCAUCUCAAUAAAAUUAAACAAACGAUAAACGGGAAAUGUAUCAUCCGCAGCAUCCGAUUGCUUGCCUUGAGAUUAAUAUAUAAAACCUUUUAACAAACACUAUGAUUUUGGGUCGCAUCAUCAUCUUCUAUGAUGAAUCCUGACCAAACACCCUAUCCUACUAACAAGUUUUCAGGUUCCUGGCGCUCGUGGGGUGUAAGCACAGAGUAAAUCAGCUGCCCUAGUAGCAACCUGCGCUAACUAACAUUCCCGUCCCUAAAAAUCGAGGUCUACAAACUGACAUGGCGGGCGCCGUUGGUGGCCAAUGACUGUUACCUAUUCGCAACUGAUCUAGUUUUAGCAAUCAUGGUGUUUUAUCUUUUCGGCGCAUUCAUACAUGCUGUUGAUAAGGGAAACACCACUAGAUCGUCGAAGCCUAUGAUCAGUAGUGCUGAAAGGAUAUUACGGUUCUGUUCAGUAACGGAGGGGCAACCAUGGGUGAUCUCUCAUGCUCAUGCUCAUGCUCAGAAAUUGUGUUAAAACCUGACGCUACGCCAAUUUUUCAUAAACCGUACUCGGUUCCGUACGCGCUUCGUGAGAAAGUCGAUCAAGCGUUGGACAAAAUGGUGGAAGAAGCCAUUUUGGUACCCGUGCGUACAUCGUCUUGGGCGAGCCCUAUUGUGGUAGUUUCAAAGAAAGAUUCGUCAGUAAGGCUUUGUUUGGAUGGAAAAGCAACCUUGAACCGUUUCAUUACCACCGAACACUACCCUUUGCCCAGAAUUGACGAUAUUUUGGCAAAGAUGGCGAAUUGGAAAGUUUUUUGCAAAAUUGAUUUGUCUGGAGCUUAUUUGCAAGUCUCCUUGUCUGAGUCGUCACAGUCCAUCUGUACGAUCAAUACGAAUAAAGGUCUCUUUCAGUACACCAGGAUGCCUUUCGGGAUAUCUCCCGCCCCCGCAAUUUUUCAGUCGAUCAUCGAACAGAUUCUGUUCCAGUCACCGGGCAUUGCGUACCUGGAUGACAUCAUUGUGGGUGGAUCUACGAUGGAAGAGAUAACGGGCCUCCCUUUAAUUCUGAAUUGUUCGUUGCAUUUUUGAGUGCCAACGAAGUCAAAGUGUCGAAGUCUCCGCCUUACCACCCCCAAUCUAACGGGUUGGCCGAGAGAGGCGUGAGGAGCGCAAAAGAUGUUCUCAAGAAGUAUCUCUUGGACGAAAAAUGCAAACCGCUGUCCAUGGCGCGAAAGCUCAAUCGAUUUUUGAUUAAUUAUCGUAACACGCCGUCGACAGUAACCAACCGCACACCUUCUUCAAUGAUCUUCUCGUACACGCCGCGUACGCUGACCAAUGUGGUAAAUCCGCAGAAGGUUCAGGUCGAAAGCACCAACGCCAAGCCCAUGAUCGUCAGAAAGGAACCGAUAAUUCAGGUCUCCCACGAAUCCGCGAAAAUGAAGUCGUUCAACGCAGGUGAGAAAGUCUUGUACCGUAACCAUUUCAAAGACAUCAUCCGUUGGAUUCCCGCGAUCGUGCUUCAGAAGCUUAGUCCGUUGACUUAUUUGAUUAGUCUUGAAGGUAAUGUUAGGAUGGUUCAUUCUAACCAGAUUCGCUACUCAGACUUGUCCGACAAGUUUCAUCCCUCUGUCCCUGUUCACCCCGUAAAAGCGAAUAAUGAUGAUGAAAGUAGUGGAUAUGAGGACACGUCUUCUGAAGAUGGUAAUCCCGUUCAGGUGCCAGCCACCAUUCGCGUCACUCCACCGUCUAAAAACAAGAAGAAGACUUCUAAGCGUAGACGGAGUGAAACGAAAUCCCCAAAAGUGCGUCGUUCCAAUAGACUUCGAGGUCAGCCGAAACUGAAGUACCCAAAAUAAUGGUUGAUCUUGCGUUGUACCUGGACCCGGGAAAAGUUCUUUAAUGAAGAAGCAGUUUAGAUUUAGUUUGAGUUGUAUUUGGCAGCGAUUAGUCUUCUAGUGCGUAGAUGUAGAGGAUCGUUUGAAGCGGGAGAAACUGUAGUGUCCCUCGAUCAGCAGCUAUAACAGUGCAACCAACUUGCCAACUAGUGUUGCCAGAUCGUUACAAUUAACAAUAGAGAAUUAUAGCACUAAGGUUACAUGCUGGACACCGCAGUUGAAUCGGCCUCUUCUCCUGCCGACCGUCGGCCAGUCAGGUCGUCUUACAAACCGUUCUUAACUUUUAAUAAACUUAUUAGUCUUAGUAUUAGACAACGCGUGUUUCAUUUACCCAAGUAACACAAACCUUGUUCUCAUUACAUUUGCUGUAUUUUGUUAACUGAGCCUAAGCUGUCUUUUCUUUAAACAUUUUUUUUCAGCGCAGUUUUUUUUAUUUUUGACAUAAUUUAAGAAUGUAUAUGCUAAAUAUAUCUCAAAACAAUCCUGCUAUUUUAGUUGAAAAUCAUAAUAAACAUGCCAGAAACGCAGCGCAGCGGAUAGCAAACGAAAACGACGACGACGACAAAAGUCCAAGCAGAGAAACAGCGCGCGCAAAGCGCGCGCUUGUAGGUAAACAGCCAGGCAGGCAGGCGAGCAAGCUCGUGAGAGAGUUUGAACCUGAGAGAGAGCACGUGCGUGUACGAAUUGGAAAUAAACAUCGUUGUUAGGUAGCCCCUUACAGCUGGCCGCGCAAAAAGGGUCAGUUUUGGGCGCUAAUAACUUCUCGGGAAAAAAUCCUAAAAAUAUGGUGUCUUCGGGAAAGUUGUUCUAAAUUUAAUGAAGGUUCUACAUUUGAGAAAUUGUGAGAAUCGGAUAAUUAUGGCACCUUCCACAGGUAAAAAAGUAAAACAGUUGCUUUUCUCCAUACAUUUUGACGAAUUUUCCCAUACAAACUUUAAGCGAUUGGAGGGAGGGGUUCCCGUGGUCAGAAUGAGCUCAAAUUUGGAAUUUAGCCUAGUGAUGGGUCAAUCUUUGAUUUCAGGGGCUGCUGUAGAGCAUAUAAUUUAAUUAUUUUUUUUAGUUUAAAUUAUAGUCCGCACAACAAUUUUUCAGUAAUUUAAAAAAAAAUCUAGCGCUCGACUGCUAGACUUUUUUUUAGCCAUUUAACCAACAAAAAUGGCAAUUCCAUCUUUGUUUUGUAACUGCCGGUCAACAAUUUAGAUUGUUAAAAAAAUGUGUAAAAAAAUAACCCAUACUUUUAGUUAGAUCAACCAAGAUUAUCUUAGAUUAUAGAGACACAAAUUUACAAAAUUUACUUUAGGCCCAGUGGAAAAAUAUAAUUCAACCCAAAAAAGAUGAACUUCUCGUCACAGUGUCUUGAUGCAAACAAUGAUCGAGCUCGAGCUGUCACAGUCUUAUGUUGGUGUUAUG